AUGGCUUUUAAGGACACCGGAAAGACGCCUGUGGAACCGGAGGUGGCCAUUCACCGAAUUAGGAUUACCCUAACCAGCCGCAACGUAAAAUCCCUGGAGAAGGUGUGUGCCGACUUGAUCAGAGGCGCAAAGGAGAAGAACCUGAAGGUGAAGGGACCGGUCAGGAUGCCUACCAAGACUCUGAGAAUCACUUCAAGGAAGACUCCUUGUGGGGAAGGUUCCAAGACCUGGGAUCGUUUCCAGAUGAGGAUCCACAAGCAACUCAUUGACUUACACAGUCCUUCUGAGAUUGUCAAGCAGAUCACUUCCAUCAGCAUUGAGCCUGGAGUAAAGGUUGAAGUCACCAUUGCUGAUGCCUAA